AUGUCUCAAAAGAUUGGUCAUACAGGUCUGGCUUUUGCAAGGCUGUGGCACCAUGUUGACUUAGCGAGGGAUACCAGAACCGUAGGUCGAUUAGCUUCAUCUAUUGCUAUUACACUAAUGGGGAAGCAUAAACCAGUCUAUCAUCCAUCCCAAGAUAUGGGUGAUUACGUAGUAGUGACUAAUUGUCAGAAAUUGAGACUUACAGGCGACAAAUUUGAAGAAAAGAUGUAUUGGUCACACACUGGAAGGCCUGGUAGUCUGAAAUUAAAGAGUGUGAACCGGAUCAUUAGUGAUCAAGGUUAUGGGGAAAUAUUGAAAAGAGCAGUGAGUGGUAUGUUACCCAAGAACAGGCUUAGAAAAACUCGAUUAGCAAGGCUCAAGGUGUUUGACGGUAGCGAACAUCCUUAUAAGCAUAAUAUUACGGCUUAUGCAUAUCAACAGCCUUCAAUUAAAAAAAAGGAGGAUAUUGGAGACAAAGGCUUCAUUUGA